AUGAGAAAUGCUUCAAAUCAGCACAGACAUAAAAUAAAUGUUCAUCAAGAAAGAACAGUCACAAGUUUAGACGAAUCUGAAAGUCCUCAGACUAAAAGGACCAGCAGGCCUGGAAACUCUGUCAAUGACUUUGACACUGAUCACAUUUGUACUAACACUGAAAACAAUCAUGAGUCUACAGUGAUCAUUGAAGAUGAUAUAGAGCCUCCUCUGAACAUCAGUGAUUCCAGCACUGAGAAAGAAUCAAAUCCCCCACAAACCAUGACACCAGAGGUCGAAGUGCCAUUUGUUGAUGCUGAUAAUGACGAUCAGUCAAUACCAGACAUCUCUUCAAGUGCAAAAGUCAAUAUCCCAUCUGCAAAGCCUGAAAUCAUGUCUGAUAAUAGACUCCAAGAGACAGCAGUAGAAAAGACAUCUGACACUACACUGAUAAUGGUCCAGCAGUCUGAAGAGGAUAAUCAUCUGUCUCCAGCAGACAUACAAGAUUCAGAAAUUACUGGGACCACUUUCUUGAAGGUCAGUCAAAGUGCUGGUUAUAACGAUCAACCAAUACAAAACCUUUAUUUUCAUGGUGGUUGUGUUACCGCAACCAAAAGACAAAAAGUGGACCCCGAGCCCCAUGCAACUUCACACAAUGGGACAGAUUCAGAUAAUGAUGACACGGAAGCACAAUGUAACAGCCCUCCAACGAACACUGACCACGAGCGCCAUGCAACUUCACACAAUGGGACAGAUUCAGAUAAUGAUGAUACGGAAGCACAAUGUAACAGCCCUCCAACGAACACUGACCACGAGCCCCAUGCAACUUCACACAAUGGGACAGAUUCAGAUAAUGAUGACACGGAAGCACAAUGUAACAGCCCUCCAACGAACACUGACCACGAGCGCCAUGCAACUUCACACAAUGGGACAGAUUCAGAUAAUGAUGAUACGGAAGCACAAUGUAACAGCCCUCCAACGAACACUGACCACGAGCCCCAUGCAACUUCACACAAUGGGACAGAUUCAGAUAAUGAUGACACGGAAGCACAAUGUAACAGCCCUCCAACGAACACUGACCACGAGCGCCAUGCAACUUCACACAAUGGGACAGAUUCAGAUAAUGAUGACACGGAAGCACAAUGUAACAGCCCUCCAACGAACACUGACCACGAGCCCCAUGCAACUUCACACAAUGGGACAGAUUCAGAUAAUGAUGACACGGAAGCACAAUGUAACAGCCCUCCAACGAACACUGACCACGAGCCCCAUGCAACUUCACACAAUGGGACAGAUUCAGAUAAUGAUGAUACGGAAGCACAAUGUAACAGCCCUCCAACGAACACUGACCACGAGCCCCAUGCAACUUCACACAAUGGGACAGAUUCAGAUAAUGAUGAUACGGAAGCACAAUGUAACAGCCCUCCAACGAACACUGACCACGAGCCCCAUGCAACUUCACACAAUGGGACAGAUUCAGAUAAUGAUGAUACGGAAGCACAAUGUAACAGCCCUCCAACGAACACUGACCACGAGCCCCAUGCAACUUCACACAAUGGGACAGAUUCAGAUAAUGAUGACAAGGAAGCACAAUGUAACAGCCCUCCAACGAACACUGACCACGAGCCCCAUGCAACUUCACACAAUGGGACAGAUUCAGAUAAUGAUGACACGGAAGCACAAUGUAACAGCCCUCCAACGAACACUGACCACGAGCCCCAUGCAACUUCACACAAUGGGACAGAUUCAGAUAAUGAUGACACGGAAGCACAAUGUAACAGCCCUCCAACGAACACUGACCACGAGCGCCAUGCAACUUCACACAAUGGGACAGAUUCAGAUAAUGAUGAUACGGAAGCACAAUGUAACAGCCCUCCAACGAACACUGACCACGAGCCCCAUGCAACUUCACACAAUGGGACAGAUUCAGAUAAUGAUGACACGGAAGCACAAUGUAACAGCCCUCCAACGAACACUGACCACGAGCGCCAUGCAACUUCACACAAUGGGACAGAUUCAGAUAAUGAUGAUACGGAAGCACAAUGUAACAGCCCUCCAACGAACACUGACCACGAGCCCCAUGCAACUUCACACAAUGGGACAGAUUCAGAUAAUGAUGAUACGGAAGCACAAUGUAACAGCCCUCCAACGAACACUGACCACGAGCCCCAUGCAACUUCACACAAUGGGACAGAUUCAGAUAAUGAUGACACGGAAGCACAAUGUAACAGCCCUCCAACGAACACUGACCACGAGCCCCAUGCAACUUCACACAAUGGGACAGAUUCAGAUAAUGAUGACACGGAAGCACAAUGUAACAGCCCUCCAACGAACACUGACCACGAGCCCCAUGCAACUUCACACAAUGGGACAGAUUCAGAUAAUGAUGACACGGAAGCACAAUGUAACAGCCCUCCAACGAACACUGACCACGAGCCCCAUGCAACUUCACACAAUGGGACAGAUUCAGAUAAUGAUGACACGGAAGCACAAUGUAACAGCUUGCUGGAACAAACAAAUGUCAAAAGAAACAAAAUUUCAUACUGGAUUUUUGUAUUUCCCUUUAUUCUAUGUCUUAUUCUUUUUGUUCUCUUAUUCAUUUUGGUAUUCAUUUUAUCAUUUUUUAUUUAAAUGUCUAGCAGAAUGAUAAGAAGUUGAUUGUCAGAUGUAGUUCUGGUCCAACCUAUCACCAAUCUUGUUAGUAUUUCCAUUUAAUCAGGGCAAUUCCAAGAUGGGUGGGAAAUGCUCUAGUAAUACUGAUUUUUAAGUCUUCUCUCUGCUUUGUCUAAAGUUUUAGAGGAGAUUGUUUCAGAACAACUCAUGUACUAUCUUGAGACAGACCAGUAUCUAUGCAAUUUGGAUUCAGGCACAACCAUUCCACAGAAUCUGCAAUCUGUCUACUAACUGAAAAUAUCAAACAAUCACUUGACCAGGGAAAUGCUGGUGCUGUGUUUCUAGAUUUAAAAAAAGCAUUCGAUACAGUAAAUCACAACAUAUUAAUUUCAAAACUAGCUAAGUUCAAUUUAUCCAAAAAAACAUUGUCCUGGUUUGAAUCAUAUGUAAAGGGCCAUGAACAGUGGGUUGUAAUUAAUAGUGUGAGAUCCACUUUUCUUCAAAUUAAAACAGAUAUUCCUCAAGGCACGGUCUUGGGACCCAUACUCUUCAGUCUAUAUAUUAAUGACUUACCAGAUGUAGUAUGUCCAGAUAUAGGUCUACUGAUGUAUGCAGACGACACAGUGGUGUAUGCAUCUGCUGAUACAUGUAUCUCUGUGGCUGACAAACUUAAUGCUAAUUUAGCAAGAACAUCUUGGCUGGCCUCACUUUGUUUAACUUUAAAUACUAAAAAACUAACUCUGUAUGCUUUUCUAUUCAAAAACUACCUCCAACACAACUUUUGAACAUAAAAAUUAAUUGAACAAAUACCUGAAGUGAAUUAUCUUGGAAUAAAUAUAGAU